AUGGCAACAAAAACGCGUCGGAACACAACCAACUCAAAACGAGCCGAGCGAGAGGCCGAAAAAGUGAAGGAAGAAUCGGAGGAAUCGGAAGAAGAAGACGUGGACGACGACGAUGCUCCGCCGCCGGUUCUGGAACGAGAGCCCAGUGAGUUCACCCCGCAAAUUCGCGAAAAUUCAAAUAAUCCCCGUUAUUGUGCGCUCAGGCUGUGGCGAGAACGACGAUACGGACGGCGACGGGAAGGAAGAGGAAGAGUCGCCGCCGUUGAAAAAACAGAAACAAAACAAGAGCCAUCCGCAAGUGGUGCAAAUCGACGAUGAAGACGAAGAAGAAGAGGAAGGGAGCGGUGUGUCGUCGCAGAAACAGGAGAAUCUGAUGGAAGCGCUGUCGCACGUGUUCAGCGUCGUCGACGACGGAUCCGGCAAGCAAGAUCCGUUCCCGAAGAACACACUCGGACUGCGGAAGGGACGCUCACCGGUGCACCCGAAGCAGCCGCUCAAGACUCCCGCCAUCAGCUCCCCGGUCAUUCGUGGCGGACCGAGUAAGUCGACAAAAUCUGAGCACGUUUUAGUUUCGCCAGCAUGCUAACCCACUUUUAUUUGCAGUUCCGAUUGUUUUUAAAGCUCAAAAAAACCAUUUUCACAUCCUUUUUUCCGCUCACUCACACUCGGUUUUCCAGAAAAACGCGUUUGGCCCCCAAUUAUUCUUCUCCCAGGGCCCGACGCGAAAAAAAAUAUACGUAAGCGUUUUUCUGUUCAUUUUGGCCAAAUUUCAUUGGAAAAAAGCUUGAUCGCAUGUGAUUCCUCGCUUGUUCCUCCCUAAAUGUCUCUCAAACGAAAUUACGAUCUAACCGCUCGUUUCCUGUUACAUUUUGGACCUUCUUGCAGUUCCGAAAUCGCAACUUCUGCUCCACAAAAGUGUCCGUCCUGCGACAUGCUCGUCUCCGUCCACCUCCACCCGCUUCCCCAAUCUCCGACCGGUUCCAGGAUCUUCUGCAGCCGUCAGACAGUACGGAUACCCGCCGCCCCGUCCUAACGGCCAACGCCAGGUCGGCAACUCUUCCGGAUCCACGACUCCGCCCACUGUCGGCGUCGGAUCCAACACUGCCAUCGGCCCUGCACGUCUUCUGGAGGGCCGGAAACGCGAGUUGGGGGCAAAGAAGGAGGCGGUGCUGAUGAAAAGACCGUCGUUGGUGGCGUACAACGGCGGGAGGGCCGGAGAGAACUUCCGGAAGGCACCCGUUCCAUGCUCUUCCUCCGCUUCUUCGUCGCGCGGAUCCGGCACUUCGACCGCUUCUUCACUCGACGUGCAGACGAUGCUCCGAGAGCAAUCGCCCAUAAAAAUCCAAGUGUCCGCUGGAAUAGAUCGAGAUUUGCAUUCGGACGGAGACAACGGCAUUCUGGACGCAAUCGAAUUUUCCAAUCAGCAAAAAGAGACCAUUGGGAGCAUCAACAGAGCCGCCACAAGUCAGAAUUUACUGCUUGGUACGUGAUUUCCAAUGGAAUUUCAACGAAAUGUUGUCUUUUGCAGGUUCACUAAUAAUAAACGGCCUGAACAGCCUGCAGGAACGUCGGGACACUGAUGAUUACUACAAAUUCACUGCGGACCUCUUCGGCCUAAUCACCAAAUAUCGUCUGACCUAA